AUGCCUUUGACCAAGAGUACCAAGGAUCCUCAGGUUGCUGUUUCCCUCAAAGUGGACUUCAUGUCUCCUCCUGAAAGUGCCAAGAAGCUGCAGAACAAUGCCUCCAGCUUCUGGGAAGGAAGCUCUUCAGAGUCGUCAGACUUGGAGAAGACCAAGGGUAUAACAGGGUUCCAGACCUUGGUUCACCUGGUGAAAGGCAACAUGGGCACAGGGAUCCUGGGGCUACCCCUGGCCAUAAAGAAUGCAGGCAUCCUGAUGGGCCCUCUCAGUGUGCUUCUAAUAGGCUUCAUCUCCUCCCACUGCAUGCAUAUCCUGGUCAAGUGUGCCCAGCACUUCUGCCACAGGCUUAACAAGCCCUUUAUGGACUAUUCAGAAACAGUUAUGCAUGGAUUAGAAUCCAGUCCCAGCUCCUGGCUCCGGAAACAUGCCCACUGGGGAAGGCAUGCCGUGAUCUUCUUCCUUACAAUCACCCAGCUGGGCUUCUGCUGUGUGUACAUUGUGUUUCUGGCUGAUAAUUUAAAGCAGGUAGUGGAAGCUGUUAAUGGUACAACCAACAACUGUCAUCACAAUGAGACUGUGACUCUGACACCCACCAUGGACUCCCGGCUCUACAUGCUCUCCUUCUUGCCCUUCCUGGUGCUGCUGGCCUUUGUCAGGAACCUCAGGGUCCUGACCAUCUUCUCCAUGUUGGCUAACAUCAGCAUGCUGGUCAGCCUGGUCAUCAUCACCCAGUACAUCGCCCAGGGAAUUCCAGACCCCAGCAGAUUGCCACUGGUAGCAAGUUGGAAGACCUACCCUCUCUUCUUUGGAACAGCCAUUUUCUCAUUUGAAAGCAUUGGUGUGGUUCUGCCUCUGGAGAACAAUAUGAAGGACCCUCGCCGCUUCCCAGCCAUCCUCAAUUUGGGAAUGUCCAUCAUCAUCAUCCUGUACAUCAUCAUAGGUGCUCUGGGGUACCUGAAAUUUGGAGAUGAUAUCCAGGCCAGCAUAACCCUCAACCUGCCCAACUGCUGGUUGUACCAGUCAGUCAAGCUCUUCUAUAUCAUUGGCAUCAUGUGCAGCUACUCUCUGCAGUUCUACGUCCCUGCAGAAAUCAUCAUCCCCUUCGUCCUGUCCCGAGUAUCAAAGCGCUGGGCACUGGUUCUAGACUUGUCCAUCCGCCUCAUCAUGGUCUGCUUGACAUGUGCUAUGGCCAUCCUCAUCCCCCGCCUAGACCUGGUCCUCUCUCUGGUGGGCUCUGUGAGUGGCAGCGCUCUGGCCCUCAUCAUCCCACCCCUCCUGGAGAUUACCACCUACCACUUAGAGGGCAUGCGGCCCCUCACUAUCAUCAAGGACAUCUUGAUCAGCAUCCUGGGCUUUGUAGGCUUUGUGGCAGGGACCUACCAGGCCAUCCAUGAGCUGAUCAAGCCAGAAAACUCUCUUGCUUUCCCCAACUCCACCACGUUUGUUCAUUGA